ACAACUCCUGCUCGCCGCCGCCUGGGUUCAGCUCAUUGCGUGGUCGUCGUUGCCCAACAUGCCUGAGAAGGUCGUCGAGACUCCCUACCCUCUUGUUGAUGCGGACCCGCAUGCGUCCCGAGUGAUUCGCUAUAUGCGCCCCUCGGAUUAUGGCGUCUGGGCUGCCGCCACUGGUGCAUUCCCUGCUGCGUUGUACUUCUGGGAAGUCGCCGACCCCACAAAGUUCAAGCUUCGGACUCACCUUAGGCUCGGUGGCUUCCUCGGGUUCAUCGGAGGCUUCCUGCUGGCGUACCAAAGGUCCAGUUUCCGGUUCUGGGGUUGGUCGGAGAACAAGCGUGAGGAAGAGAUGGAUUUCAAGGAGCUGAGCGCCCGUGCUCAGCAAGGUCUUCCGCUCUACGGCGAGUCUCCCCAACCAGAAUGGAUUCAGGCUUCCGCACACAGGAACUCCGUUUUCUCCCAGCUGAAAUUUUCUGCCUUCCCGAUGGUCAACCUUGUGCACCAUCAGCACCAUGGCACAGAUCCCGCAAAGUACCAGCAGAAGACGGACGAGUCGUCGUAGAGCCAGUACGCCUUGUAUCAACUGCCAUUCUCUUAGGACGUGCUGCACAAACCAUCUUAUCCGGCGAUCGCGAAAGCGUCUUCACUGUGUUUUUCGUGAAGGCUUUCCUUGUGUGGUCUACACCAUGCUCUUCCCUUGCCCGUAUUCUCACAUCACUGGUCAGAUGGGACGUGCCAACCCCAAUAGGUGAUAAUCUGUUCGAAAGCCCAAUAAACUAUCCCUCGACUACUUGA